AUGUGCCAAGUGGAGUUUGAGCUGGCCUGUGCUGCGAUCAAGCAGCUGAAGGUGCCCGUGAGUGAAGAGGAGAAACUGCUGAUAUACGGCUUUUACAAACAGGCCACCCAGGGGGACUGCAACAUCCCUGCCCCCGCAGCCAAUGAUGUGAAAGCCAUGGCCAAGUGGGAGGCAUGGAACAUGAAUAAAGGCAUGUCCAAGAUGGAUGCCAUGAGAAUAUACGUUGCUAAAGUGGAAGAGUUGAAGAAAAAAGACACUGGCUAG